UAUCUACUGUGCGGAGUAGAUACUAUACUACUCCACCUUCCUCCCCCGAGAUACGGAAAUCCUCCAAAAAAAAAUGGCUUGCUAACCCAGAUUAUAAACCCAGCUUAUCUUGCGGGAUCAUUUCUGCAGUUACCGGUACUCUGAUCCUCUCUAGUGGCAGCCCUAAGCUAAGAAGAAUGCGGGGUUUUGUAGGUAAAUCAGCGGAGAGUCGAGAUUCCGGCAUCUAGUAUCGGGAAGUGUGUACUUCUAAACGACUAUCUUCUAAAACCGGAGAGCCUACUACUUAAAGCGGGCUGUCAUGUUCUUCACAACUGAUGUCGAGUUGUGCAGCGCAGCUAUACAAAAUGGCGAUUGAUACACUUGCAUACGUUGUAGAAAGCAAAGAUGCCCCUUUUGUUCUUCGGACUGUUGUUCUCGAUGAUCUGCAACCGUCUGAAGUAUUGGUUGAAAUAAAGUAUACGGGGUUAUGCCAUACGGAUGUCGUCGUUCAAGAAGGCGGCAUGCCAAUCGGUCACUUUCCCGCCGUCUUGGGUCACGAAGGCAUCGGAAUCGUCAAGCAAGUGGGCACCGAUGUGAAAGACAAGAAUCUCAAACCCGGAGAUACCGUGAUCCUAUCAUUUCGAUCCUGUGGCGAGUGCAAGGCAUGUCUCAAUGAUCGUCACGGCAGCUGUCCUCGCGUAACAGAACUCAGUUUCUUAUCUACUGCGCGAGCGGAUGGGUCGUCUCCUAUUUCUCUUCCUGACGGGACCCCCGUCCAUGGACAGUUCUUUGGACAGUCAUCACUCAGUAAAAUGGCAGUCGUGACGGAGAAAUCCGUUGUCAAGGUUCCCGCUGAGACUUCUCCUGCAGAUCUACAGUAUCUGGCACCCUUUUCAUGUGGAUACUUGACCGGUGCGGGAACAGUGUUAAAUGAAUUUCGACCCGACGCGGACUCAACAAUUGCGAUUGUUGGCAUGGGACCUGUGGGAUUCGCGGCAUUGUUAACUGCAAAAGCCAUAGGAGUCAAAAAUCUGGUCGCACUUGAUAUCGUCGAUUCAAAGCUUGAGAUAGCAGCACAGCUUACGGGGGCACGCACAAUCAACAACAGCAGCGGCAGUUCCACAAAUGCUAGUGGGGAAAGUCUAUCGGAAAAAAUUCUGGCCACAUACCCAAAAGGCAUCGACUACAUCUUAGAUACCUCAGGUCGAGCACCCUUACUACAAGAUUCCGUAAAAGCAUUGGCGCAUGGAGGCACAUUAGCCCUCGUCGGUGUACCGCCGCCAACGGCUACGAUCGAAGUAAAUGCGCUGAAUCUGUUGACUUCUUGUAAACGGAUAAUAGGGGUUAUUGAAGGGUCUGCAAACCCUAAGAAGGUAAUCCCUCACCUCAUUGAGUUGUUCAAUCAGGGGAAAUUUCCGGUUCAGCAACUCACCAAAAUAUAUCCUGCGAAUCGGUUGGAUGAGGCUAUUGAAGAUGUGAAAAGAGGAAAGGUUGUGAAAGUUGUACUAUCUUGGGAAGGCAUGUAGACCACUGAAGUUUCUACAUAUUUCAAGACUAGAGGAUAGAUAAGAAUAUUGUAUUUACCUGCUACAAUAUCAAAAUUGUCACGUGCCAAAUCAAGAUAUGCUCGUGUUCUUCACGUCAUACUAUGCCUGAACCUUCGCGACGCCCAACAUGAGAAAAGGGGUAAAAAAUAUUCCAACGCCAAAACAAUAUGCUUCCAAAAAUACCAAGGGGAAUAAUAAAAGAUAAUAAUAAAAGUAUAAACAGGAAAUGAUUGAUCAAACAAACGCAGGAACGUAGGGGAGAAAACUAAUAGUCAACAGCCCAGCCAUUCUUGUUCAAAAAGUCUUCACAUGCCGCUUUGAGUGAAUAGUUAGGGCGCAAAUCCUUGACUGUCAUGGGCUGGCGAGUGACGGGGUCAAUGCGGGAUUGUUCGAGAUAUUUCGUGAUACCGAGACGGUCGUAACUGUGGCCGGAAAUUGUAAUGACGGGGUCAUGCAUCACUUCGAAUGUGAUGUUGUCAAUGAGAUAGUCAGGAACAACCCGUUCCGCAACUUUACCAUCGGACGCAAUCUUGAAAGCGUCCCGAAUAUGACGUAUUUUCUUUUCAGCCUCUUCUCGCAAUGCUUUCUGGUCUUCAUUGAAGCCAAUCUCCCCGAUAUCGCCAUUAUCCAAUUGCAUCUUGAGUUCCUUCAAUUGCCGCUCCAGAUCGGCUUCGAUUGACUGUUCAACACUCGCCAGCGUGUCAUCCAUCUCCCGAAGUCGCGCUGUCUCCUUUGCUGCCCAAAUCUGCUGUUUUGCUCGUAGGACGAUUUUGGAUAAGUUCUCGGUUUGAGCGUUCAUGGCGCUGAGACUGGCUCGGUAAGCGUCAAUAGCGACAUCGUAGGCUUCCUGUGGGCGUUGCAAUUCCAGUAAUGCCUGCGCUAGGUAAAGGGAGCUCUUGAGGCUUGCGGUCGCCUUGGGACCGCCGUUGAGUUCGAUUGCGAUGCGAGCGUCUUGUUCGGCGCCUGCCCAUUUCUCGAGCCUGAGUCGUGUGACUGCGCGGUUGGUGAAGAAACUAGGUUCU